AUGAGGGUACAACCCUCUAAAGUUUAUGUGUGGGGAAGUAAACGGAAUUUACUCUUGGCGGCAGAUGAAAAGAAUCCGCUCGAACCUGAUAAAAGUAAGCUACUAGAAAAUCUGGAUCCAUCUGAUAUCGCUUGUGGAUAUGACUCCUUGUUUGUUGUUUCGAGAAAUGGUGGCGUUUUUGCUUGUGGUAAAGGGCAUAUGGGUUGUCUAGGUUUAGGAAACUGCGAUGAUGUUAAUAUACCUAGACAGAUUCCCCAACUUUUACCAGUGAUGGUAACCACGGUCGCUAUUCAUCCAGGUGGCAGACAUGCAAUGGCUCUAACAGCCGAAGGUAUAGUUUAUUCGUGGGGUUGCGGUGAUCGCGGUCAACUCGGCCAUGGAAAUACGCUAGGAUAUCUGGACCCUACAUUGAUUGAUGAGUUAAAAUCAAAGGAAGUUACGAAAAUUGCCUGUGGAGCAAUGCAUAGUAUAGCCGUGCUAUCGGAUGGUAAAAUAUUUAGUUGGGGAGAUGGUUCAAACGGAGCAUGUGUUCAUGGGAAUAACCUGGCGCAAUUACUACCGAAGAUAAUGUCGUUAAACGGUAAGCAUAUCAUGGCUGUUGCUUGCGGAGAAUGUUAUACUAUCGCGGUAGCUGGUGAUGAUGUUUGGUCGUGGGGCCAUGGUGGUAAUGGCGAAUUAGGCUAUGGAGUCAAAAUGCCAUCAUACUGUAUGCCUACAAAAAUUGAAGCCCUCUUCUUUAAAGGUAUAACAAAUGUUGCUUGCGGCUAUGCAACAUCUUUUGCAGUGAGUGCGACUGGGAAGGUUUGGGCGUGGGUGAAAAAUCAAAAAGUAGUGGCUAGCUUGUUCCAUGCGUUGGCUAUAGAUGAAAAUGGACAGGUUUACAUUUGGGGUAGUCAAGAAAUUGGGCCGGUAGGAAAUGAUGAAGAUGCGGUUAAUAAACAACUCAAGAGCUUUAAUUUGGUCAAUAAGAAAAUAUCUAAUAUAGCUUGUGGAAUUUGUUGGGAUGCUGUUGCCAGUGAAGUAAACGAUGCUGUGUUAAUCGUUGAUGCGCAGGAGGUGGAGGAGGCAGAGCAGGAACAGGGAGGAUUUGGUGAAGCUUGCUGUGUUGGUGGUGGUUGUUGUAGUAGUGGAGGCGGCGUCCCUGAGAUAGUUAAAGCUCUUGCAGAUGCCGGCAGGCCAGAUAUUACUGUUAUUGUGGAUGGUGUAGUACCUCCUAAAGAUUACGAUAAGUUAUACGAGAGUGGAGCCAAGAGCGUGUUUGGACCAGGGACAAGAAUACCAGAUGCAGCUUUGAAAGUUAUUGAUGAUAUUGAAUGGUCUAUUGAAAGAAAAGCCGAGACUAUAUAA